AUGCGCUUCGUGCUCGGGUCGUUCGGAGCCAUGAUCGCGCCGAGCUGCGUUGCUGUCACGCAAAUGUGGUGGCGCCGGAGCGAACAGACUCUGCGGACGAGUUACUGGAACGCCAUGAACGGUGUGACUUUUAUCGUGGGCAGCCUCUUCACCUACGGCCUGGGCCAUAUCCACAGCGACAAGAUGUUCCGCUACCAGAUUGUCUUGUUGUUCUGCGGCCUCUUGACAGUCGUGUAUUCCGUUGUUGCCAAGUAUCUCAGAGAACGGGAGAAGGUUAUUGCGGUCGGGCGGCUCAGAGCGAACCAGAUGGGUGUCGCGUCAAGGACGUGGCGAUGGGACCACGUGGUGGAAACGCUCUUCGACUUGAAGACAUGGUGUUGGUUCAUUGCUAUCAUUGCGAUUUCCAUCGCCAGCGGUGGCAUUGGGACUUUUGGCAACCUCAUCGUCAAGUCCUUUGGAUACUCGAGUUUCGAGACCAUCCUGUUCAACAUUCCGUUCGGCGUGAUCCAGGUCGUUGCCGUUGUCGGGACUGGCUGGUUAGCCACUAGGUUCCAGCGCAAGGGCUUGGUGAUUGCUGGCGUCAGCGUCCUGCCCACGAUCGGAACCAUCCUGAUGCUGACGAAGUGCACGUCGGCCAUGGUGUUUAUAGGAAUGUGCACUGGCAACGUCAUCGGGCCUCUGCUGUACUCGACCGGCCAGGCGCCUCUUUACCGACCCGGCCUGAUUCCCUUCUACCUCAUGUUCCUCAAUCGCCGGCAUGCUCAAAGGCGGGAGGAGCUGGGAAAGACGGCGGAGGUCGGGGGUGCCGAUGCCCACCAGCAACGGUCGCUCGGGAAGGAUAACGCGCUGCAGGACAUGACGGAUCUGCGGAACGAGUAUUUUAUCUUUGUGUAUUGA